AUGGUCUGGUCUCCGCCUGUUCCCCUAACGUCCGCUCAGGACAAGUCGAGCUUCGCAUACGAAUCUACCGUCCACCGCUGGCCUGCCAUCUUGACGCAGGUCAUUGACAGCAUCUACAGCGCCAACCAUGCGCUCUCCUACUCGCGUACCAACCAGUCGGCCAAGAUCCAAGAGGGCAAGCAGAUCAUCGAAAAGGUGGCCGCGCUCAAGCACGACAUGAGCCGAGACCGCCCUCUCGAACCCAUUCACGUAGUCUCCGGCCAAGACGCAGACCAGGGCCCCUCGACCGAGCUGUUUGACUCGACCAUCGAAAAGGAGAAGUGGACCUGGUUCAAUGCUCCCUGGCUGUUCGCUGAAUGCUACCUCUACCGUCUGCUGCGAAGCUUCUUCGCACGCAGUGAGCACUGGAAGCAGUACGACCCUUUCUCCAAGAGCAAGCUCGACACAUUCAAGAGCUCCGGUGCCGCCAUCAGUGCGCUUGCCGUCACCAUCCAGGACCUCGUUACCAAGUCUCUCUCGUCGGAGCAGGGUGCCGAGUCGACGCCCGAAGGCCGCGAGAUCUUGUUCCACGAGAUGGCGCAAAUGUCGCUGUGGGGCAAUGCCACCGAUCUUAGCCUGCUGACCAACCUCUCGUACGCCGAUUUGCAAGCUCUGCAGACCACGGGUCGCGAGCAGCAGGAAGCGCGCAGCAAGUUCAUCCUUGCCAACGACCUGGACCAGGCUUGGAAAAAGAUCUCGUCGCUCCGAGAUGGAAGAGUCGACAUCGUGCUCGACAACGCCGGCUUUGAGCUGGCUACGGACAUGAUCUUUGCUGACUGGCUGCUGACCACUCCUCACGUCGGACAAGUGGUCUUCCACCCCAAGAACAUGCCGUGGUUCGUUUCAGAUGUCACCCCGCCCGACUUCCGCCACACGAUCGAGUCGCUGCUCGAGCCGAGUUUCUUUGCGCGACAGGACGAGGCUAGUCAGGACCGACACCGCAGCGUCAGCCGCAGUCGAGACCUGCAGGCCGACCCGAGCAAGUACUCGUACAACGCAGCUGGUGGUCAGGGUGCCCAGCCGGCGGGCUCGCGCUCGCUGCAGAUGGCCGACGACAGCAAGGAGCGUGGUCGCUCGCCUCACCCUCCCGGCAGUCUGCACCUGCAGGCUAGAGAUGGCAGCGUCGACUCGACGGGACGAGGCCGUGCUCCUGCUGGUAGCCGCAACUUCCAGAUGGACCCGGCCUACUUCAAGAAUGCACGUUCGCAGACCAUCUCUCCGUCGAGAUCGUACGUCAUGGACAGCUCGCGCUUCUCAUCACUCUCGAUCCACGACGAGGAUGACGAGGGCCGAGACGGCCGAGGCCGUUCGACUGCGGUCAAGGACGAGACGCCUUCGUCGCAGACGCCCGUGCAGGCCAUGGUGAGGCGGUGGAUGAAGCAUAUGGAGGAGGGCCGCUUCAAGCUGUCCGUUCCUCUCGAUACCACGCUGGGUGCGGACACUGGCGCGGCGAACGGCUUUUGGACUCAGCCCGUUUCGUACGCCAACAUGGCGACGUACUCGCCCGAGCUGCACACGGAGCUGGCCACCAAGAGCGACCUCGUCAUCUUCAAGGGCGAUCUCAACUACCGCAAGCUCACAUCGGAUGCUAUGUGGAAGUCCGAAACGAGCUUCCGCGAGGCUCUCGGGCCGCUGGCUGGUACGAUCGAGAUCUUGGCUCUGAGGACUAACAAGGCGGACGUGUGUGUGGGACUUAAGCCUGGUCAGGAGGAGUGGGUGAAAGGUCAGGACAAAAACUGGCGGGUCGAUGGUAAAUGGGCCGUGGUGCAGUAUUGCCCCAAGGACAAGUGA